CUGCGCUCACAGUGAAGCCUGUGACUUAUUCUGAAGAACACUAAUUUCACAUGCUGUGGCUUGGACCUUAUGUUAGUGCUGGGAAUACUGCUACACCUGGUUUGUGUAUAACGGGGUCUGCAGGUGAAACAACCCGAAGGGAGAUUUUUGAGUCAGAUCAAGAUUCCCCAGCAAAGCAUCAGGAUAGAAAUCAAGAAAAACAGCAAGAUUCCUAACAAAAGCCUGAGACAUCCUGCAUGUGAACUUCACUCAGAGAUGGAGAAAGAUAAGCACAACAGACCAGGAGAGGAGGAAGCGCAGUUAUAUUCAAAGAUGGAGUGAUGGACAGCAGAGUAUGUGAACUUCAGUGUAAACGAGGCCAGACUCCAUUAUUCCUGCUGUGAUGGAGAUCCCCAUCCUGCUGCCACUCGCCCUGGCCUUGCUGGGGUUUCUGUGCCCAUGUGUGACAACACUGACUCCCAGAGUCUCCUUCCCCAUGGAUAGUCCUGGGAGACGUCUCAUCCGCUUCAACAGCCACGAUGUCAGCAACACCACCACGCUGCUGCUCAGUGAGGAUGGGGACAUAUUAUAUGUUGGAGCCCGGGACUCUGUGUUAGCACUGAAUGUUAGCCACAAGGACAGCAUCAUACUGAGGAACAAGCUGGACUGGACUCCUUCACAUGAAGACCUUGAGCAGUGCUCCAUGAAGGGAAAGAAAAUGGCUGACUGUCCCAAUUUCAUACGUGUGCUGCAGUUCCUGAACACCAGCCACAUCUAUGCCUGUGGAACGUUCGCCUUCAGUCCACGCUGCACCUACAUCAACACUGACACAUUAACAAUGAGCCUCAAGCCUGAUGAAGGGAGAGGUCGAUGCCCCUAUGACCCUUAUCAACGCAAUACGGCUCUCGUUGUAGAUGGAGAGCUUUAUACUGGCACUGUGGCAGACUACAGGGGGAACCGGCCAGUCAUCUCAAGGCACCUCAGCGAGGGCAAGCGUGUCGACCUGAAGCUGGAUGACACAUUAGGAUGGUUGGAGGAUCCAACUUUCAUCAGUUCCACAUUUAUUCCAGAUGAAGAGAAAAUUUAUUUCUUCUUCACUGAAGUGGGCAGAGAGUAUGACUUCAUCGACAAGUUCAUCGUCUCCCGUGUCUCUCAGAUCUGUGUGAGUGAUGUUGGAGGUCAGCGGACCCUGCAGCGACGCUGGACCACGUUCGCAAAAGCUCAGCUGCUUUGCCAAGCUGACCAUGAGCUGCCCUAUAAUGUGCUCCAGGACAUAGACACCCUCCUGCCUGCAGAGGGCGCUCCUGUGGAUGACAUACUCUUUUAUGGCAUAUUCACCUCUCAGUGGUCUGUCAACUCUGGGCGAUCAGCAGUGUGUUCCUUCCGCCUCACUGACAUCAAAUCGGUCUUUUCUGGUAACUACAAAGUCCUGAACCGGGACACAUUACAGUGGAGUGCACGGGUUCAAGAGAAGGUCGCAAAUCCAGGCGAGUGUGGCCUGCACAACGCCUCAGACAAUGCCCUGCGCUUUGUCAAAGAGAACUUCCUGGCAGAUGACAGUGUGCGAGCAGUUGGAAGGAACCUGACCAUGGUGUCUGCUGAAAACACCUACAGCCACCUGACUGUCCAGAGGGUCCAGGCAGCCAACGGCAAACACUACACUGUCCUGUUUCUGCUUACAGAGUCUGGUUACUUGCAUAAAGCAGUGCUGCUACUCAGAGGGGCCCAUAUCAUCGAGGAGAUUCAGGUCUUUGAGCAGCCUCAGCCUGUCAGGAGCCUGAAGCUCUCCAUACCCAAGGGAGUGAUUUAUAUCGGCACGUCGGAGGGCGUCGUGAAGGUCCCGACAGCUAACUGUUCUUUUUACUGGACCUGUGCUCAGUGUGUUCUGGCCCGAGAUCCCUUCUGUGGUUGGGAUCCUGCCAGUAGGGUCUGUGUGAUGGUCUCUACAACAAACACUAACCUAGCCCAGGACAUAGAAAGAGGAAACGCUGAAGAGGCAUGCAGCAGUGUUUCAUUAAAUCACAAGAGCAGAUUUGGUCCAAACAAACUGCCUGCGGCCUCGUGUCCUCCAGGCGAGCUGGUGUCUGUGUCUCUGAACGAAGUCGUGCGGCUGCAGUGUCCUGCUGCAUCACGACUGUCUCAGCAGCUCUGGGAGCGUCCCAACAGUCGGCUGUCCUCAGACUUGUAUCUGAACUUGGAGGAUGGGAGUCUGAGCUUUGUGGCCACCCCUGCCACACUGGGCCACUACCUCUGCCUGUCCACUGAAAAUGGCUACCAACAGACUAUGGCCAUCUAUCAUGUCAAGCAGAAGACCAGCCCUCUGUCUCAAACUCCAACCAGCUACACCCAGCCUCGGACAAAUGCCAUACCCACAACACAAUCUAUGGCCAAGCCGGGAUCUGGACUCCACAUAUCUGUAGGAACAGAAACGCACCAAGGAGAGUCUAAGACAACGCCAUCCAACAGGAACACUCAAGUCACCACCAGACAGCUGGGCAAAAACCUGACCUCAUGGACAAAGCAGCCUCGACAGAGAGAAUUAGAGCUCCGGGAUGGGGAAGCGCUGCUGGCCGCCCAAGCCCCAUGCUAUUUAAAGGAGCUGGUAAUUGUGUCACUUUUGCUAGUGCUGUCCCUCAGUUUGUUAAUCACCAUAUUUCUGUUUGUCAUCACACAGCGCUGCAACCACAGAACAGCCCCACAAGCAGCAACCAUAGACUCUGACAGAAGGACCCCUGUAGAGCAGGAGGCCCGAAGGGCGAAUGUGUUUCUGAGCAAAAGGAAUGAACAAGGACAGCAAAGUGGACAUGGCAGCGAGUUGGUUUGUAACGCUGCGCUUUCAGGUUCUAAUGGACAUUUGCCUAACACCCCCAUCUAAACAGAGGUACAGUGUUACAGAUGAAAAAAGUCACGUGGCACUCAAAGACUCCUGAUCUAUGGGAAGUCUUUGGCAACAGGAGGAAAAGGAUUUAAAACUUUAUUUGAAGGGCGAGGAAGUAACACAAACCAUUUUAAAGUGGUUUUCAUGGGAUUUGACUUAUUAUUCUAUACAUGCAGUUUUAAUGUCCUGGUGUACAUUGAAAUUACAGCUCAGUUUAGGUCACAAAUAAGGUCCCAUAUGCAACUGAAAGUGGCUGCUGAGGGGGGCCAUCCCAAUCGGUAAGAUCUGUGAUCGUACUAAUAAAUCAAAGAACUGUGCGUGGGAUCACUUUUCUCAACAGCCAUUUACUGGCAGCAUUUGUGAGUAUUGUUGUGGUGGAAUAAGAGGCGUGGGGAAAUGAAUGUCUCACAAAUAUAAAGCUUCAACCGUUACACCUAAGUGCCAGACCCUUCCUCGAACCCUCAAACAGGCCUUUGAAGGGUUGUGAAAAAUGUCUUCCACAGUGUCAUUGCUGUGAUCUCAAAUAGCCGGACAACAACACACAACAACACACAACAAGACUGUAAAAUUACACAAUUGCGCCUGUUCUGCACAGCUACAUUUGGAACAGGCGCAAUUGCUGUAUAACCGUGUGUGUUGUAACUGCCCAGUCUUUUUCACAGCUCGAACUGGUGUAUUGAUGGAGAUCAAACAUUUGUCACACUUGGUACUGGACCCGCUGAGGUCCCAGUUCUGAUAACUGACUUGUCUGUAACACUUUCACUGCUGAUUGCCUGAAGCUGACAUGCUUUUGUGUGGAAAUAACUGGAAUAAAGUUUGCACACGAUUCUAAAAAGACGAAUUUAGCAGCUGUUUCUGGCAGCCGUAGCUUUGGUGGUCAGUAAUUGUGUUCUCCUAAACUGUAACAUUUAGGUAUUUGUAAGUAGUGGUGACAAAAACCUGGUUAAAAUCUCUCUGAAUAGGAGCACUGAUCCAAUGAAAAGCAUAACUGUUGAUUAGCUGUGACGUGUUGGUUCUGAAUGUUCUGGUUGGUCGUCAUAUUAUAGCUGGUUAUGUUCUGACUAUUCUGUUCUCUCUUGAUAGCUUCAUUUGGUAAAAGGUACAGUUCUGUCCAAUGCAGCUGCUUCUUUAAAUAUUUUUAUAGAUUAGUCAAAUGCAACACCAGUAACUGCCACAGUCGGCCAGUUGUACAGUUGUAUGCACCUUUUAGAACAAGAAAUCAUUUGUUUCCAUAUAUUACAUUUUGAUCAAAAUGUGUAAGGAUCAGAAAAUGUAUCCAAAGACGUGUGUGUGUGUGUGUGUGUGUGUGUACGCAUGUGUGCGUGUUCACAUAACUUUGUAGCACAUGGUCAGGGUGAGUCAGCCAAGUUUCUUUUCUUGUGUGACAAAACAAAGUGAAUGUGCCUUUGCUACAUGUUAUGUGACGAUCCUGUGGAGCUGUUUGUACUUCUCACCAUUUGGACAUGUCAAUAAAAAAAUCAUCCACAACUGUAAUAAAGACUCAACAUAUUUAUAUUCACUUCAAUAAACAGUUUCUGAAAUGUUAUAAAAUAUAUAAAAAACCAUCA